GAUAAUUUAGCUUCUUGAAUUAACCACUUAUCUUUUUCCGUUUUACAUAUUGAUGAAAUAAAUACAUAAAUAAAUAAAUAUUUUUUUAGGGUGCUCAUCACUCGGACACACUAUAAAAUCUCUCUCUCUCUCUCUCUCUCUCUCUCUCUCUCUCUCUCUCUCGGACAUACACAACGCUGUGAUUAGAAAAAGAAGAUGGUCUGGUUCAUGAACUUGGUUUGCUCACGGGUACAAAUGUCCCACAACCUCAACCAGUCCAACCGGUUAAUCAACAACCCCAUCAAGAACAUUCCCAAUUCCAGUUGUUCCCUACUCUUCCUCCCAAAACGAAAUCCACCGUCCUUUUCUUCUACCUCCGUCUCAAUUUCUGCAACAAUCACUGAGGAGGACUCCCCCGGAGAAGAGAAGGAGACCCCAAAAUGGCAAACGCCGGCGAGUUUCAACUUCAAAUCUUACAUGCUCGAGAAGGCCAACUCAGUCAACAAGGCCUUGGACGAAGCCGUCUCUGUCAAGGAACUCAAACCCAUACACGAAGCAAUGCGUUACUCCCUCCUCGCCGGCGGCAAGCGAAUCCGGCCGGUGGUCUGUAUUGCAGCCUGCGAACUCGUCGGUGGCACCCAGUCCGCCGCCAUGCCGGCAGCCUGCGCCGUCGAGAUGAUCCACACCAUGUCCCUGAUUCACGACGACCUCCCCUGUAUGGACAACGACGAUCUCCGGCGAGGGAAGCCCACCACCCACAAGGCCUUCGGCGAGGACGUAGCGGUCCUCGCCGGCGACUGUCUCCUCGCGCUCGCUUUCGAGCAUAUUAGCAUCGCGACCGCGGGGGUAUCGCCGGAGAGAAUCGUCGCGGCAGUGGGAGAACUGGCGAGUUCGAUCGGGACAGAGGGGCUGGUGGCGGGGCAAGUGGUGGAUCUGGAGAGUACGGGGUCGCCCAAAGUGGGGUUGGAGCAGCUUGAGUUCAUACACGUUCACAAGACGGCGGCGCUGCUGGAGGCGGCGGCGGUUCUGGGGGCGAUAGUGGGGGGCGGGAGCGGAGACGAGGUGGAGAAGCUGAGGAAAUUCGCGAGAUGUAUUGGGUUGCUGUUUCAAGUGGUGGAUGAUGUUCUUGAUGUGACGAAGUCGUCUGAAGAAUUGGGUAAGACUGCGGGGAAGGAUUUGGUGGCCGAUAAGGUAACGUAUCCGAAGCUGAUGGGAGUGGAGAAGUCGAGGGCAUUUGCAGAGAAGCUGAAGAAGGAAGCUAGGGAUCAUCUUUCUGGGUUUGAUCCAAACAAGGCGGCACCAUUGAAUGCGCUGGCGGAUUAUAUUGCUUAUCGGCAAAACUGAGGAGUUUGUACUCUUUCAAGAGGGGAAGUUGAUUUUGUCUAGGCAUGUUUCGUUUCAGGAAACCUGUUUCCCAUUCCGCAAUGCGGUCAAUUUUAAAAGUGAAUGUGUUAACUCUUCAAAUGGAUCAAAA